UAAAAAACCCUGCUAUUAUUUGACUUUGAACUUACUUUUGACAGCCGACAACCAUCUGAACCGGGGUUGGUUCAUUCAGCCGUUCCACGAGAAGAACCCCAAGUGGCUUUGUGUAGCCGCAUAUCCCUGCCCUUUGGCCACAAUCUUGUUGUUCAUGGACCAGCAGAUCACGGCAGUCAUCAUCAACAGGAGAGAGAACAAACUGAAGAAAGGGUGUGGCUACCACCUGGAUCUCCUGAUCGUUGCCAUUCUCAUUAUUCUCAACUCUUUCCUGGGCCUGCCGUACUUUGUGGCAGCCACCGUCCUGUCCGUAAACCACGUGAUGUCUCUGAAGAAGGAGUCCGAAUGCACCGCGCCAGGCGAGAGACCGAAAUUCCUAGGAGUCAGAGAGCAGCGGGGUGACAGGUGUUGCCAUCUUUAUGAUGAUCGGACUGUCCGUAUUAAUGACGGGUGUUCUUAAGUACAUCCCGAUGCCCAUCCUCUACGGUGUGUUCCUGUUUAUGGGUAUCGCGUCUCUUAAGGGGAUGCAACUCGUCAACCGCAUCAUGAUCCUUUUUAUGCCCAUGAAAUAUCAGCCUGACUACAUCUACCUGCGUAAC